AUAAACAGCUGCGACCGAUAAGGGUAACAGCUUAGUACAAGACAAGAGCAGAGGAGAGGAAAAAUGUGAGGAAAGAGACUGAUAAAAGGGGAACAAAAGAGAAUGGGAGGGAAGUUCACCUGUUACCUAAACUCCAAAGAACACAGGUACAUCUCAGAGCUCGUUGUUGACAUCAUGGAGACGCUGGCUCCUCUCUAUCGACGUCAUCUCAGCUCAAAUCUACUGACCCACAUGAGGAACAAGCACAUGGAGCCGACCGAACCCCGUCCUCUAAUUCAGCAUCCUGAUAUUGUGGCACAUGCUGGAACCUUGUUAGAAGAUACUUUACCUCAAUACCUGGAUGGGAUCUGGACACAUCGCCACCUACAGGUCACGAACAGUUUCACAGUCGAGAGUCGUGAUUCCAAACAGGUAUUUGAAGGUGGUUGGGGGCGUAAGACAGAGCUGGUGCUUUCUGGCUGUCAUAUCUGCACAUCAGAACAGAAGCAUCGUGACAUAGUGGAUGACAUGUGCCCACACAUCACAGGUAAAGCAGGUGGUAAGCUGGCAUGUUGGGAUUGCCCAACCGCAUUUCCUGUCUUCAUACAGCACCCUUACAGCGCCCCAGUGUGUCUGGCCACCGGAUCACUCCAGGAACAAAGACAGUGGGCCAACAUACUGCGAGCUGCAGCACAACAUCAGAGCUCUGCACUCUGGUAUGAAGAUUCACCAGACUCCAGGGCCUUCUUAGAUGCUGUGUCUUCCUUGAAGAAGAUCAGAGGAAACUGUCGAACAGAGGUACAUCUGAUGGGCAGCGAGGAAGAGGUGUUGGUAAGCCUAGUGAUGGAAGAAAUGAUGUUUUACCUCAAGGAACAAAUAUUUCCCAGGAUUAUUGUCCAUCACAGCAAGAAGAGGAAAGCCUGGAUCAGAUUACUGUCUGAGGUCUACAGGACGGCAAAAGAUCAGGUAAAAGUUGCCCUGGCUGCUCUGAAGGACGAGUUGUCCCAGUAUCGUUCUGAUGUGGAGAAACUGAUCUCUGCAGGACUGCAACAGGCCAGUCUGCUGCAAGACCACAUCGCUCACACGAUCACAGAGGACAUGUGUGGGCCGAUGUUACAGACUCUCCUACACACAAUCAUCCCGAGGCUUGACCGCACUCUACAGGAAGUGGCCACGCCCACCUGUGAUGGAUUUGCUUCUACCUGGGAAUACUUCGUGGAGGCAUGCGAAGGCAUCAUCGAGCUGGGAUCAAAGAGCACAUCAGUGAAAGAUAUCAAAACACAGGUGCUGUCACCUUUAAGUGGCCUUGGACCAGAUAGCGCCAGGUUGUGGCACUGCCUGGACAAGCUGGAGUUGAGCUUCGAGGGGCGCAUGUGGCUCCAGAAGACGUGGGGACUCCACAGUGGAACCUGGAGGCCUUUGGUACUCAAAGCUCAAAACGCUCUCCGCAAAGUGGUUGAUAUGUGUGCCGUGAUGUUCUUGAGGCUGGUCUCUCGAUAUCCAUGUUUCUGUGCUGACUCUUCCCAGCUCACGGAGAUGCUGUGUAGGGUCAAAGAGAGAGUCAUCAAGCACCUGGACACAGAACUGUCAGCUCUUCGAUCUCAGUUGGUUCUGGAGAUUGUGCUGCAGAUAACCCUGCCAGCAUUUACGCAUGGUGUCGGUGAACAGGAUCUGUCUCGUUAUUAUGCUAUGGUGAGCUCAGAGCAAGCCCUCUUCAUCCACCCGGACACCAUCUUCCACUCUGUCCUGAGAGACAGCCUGACCUCUUAUAUCCAGUCAGUGAUGAGGUAUUCGCUGCCACAGCAGUUCAUACCUCUCCCUGUCGGUCCCAGAAACUUCUGCUGCUCCGGCUCUGGUUUCUCUGAGCCAGUGACCCACAAUCUGCUAACUCCUGGUGACUGCAGACUCCAGCAGAGCUUCUGUCAAACCUCCGAAGGCUCUACCUCAGGAUCUGAAACACUCACACCAAGCACUUUGGCUAACUCAGAAAACAACUCUGAAAACCACACGCCCUCAGCGCUUGAGGAUGCGAGAGAAUAUGUCCAGCUCACUGAAACAUGAAGGGCCUGUAGAUCAACGCCUCAGGAUGUAGUAACAUUUAGUAGAGGUCAUAACCUCCAAAAUCAAGUCAUCUGUAUUUUUAUGUAUAUUUGCAAAGAUACAAUUCAAAUUGAAUAAGGAGUAUUUAAUCGUUUACGUAAAAGUAAAUACGUAUUUUAGAGGUGAAAGAAUUAUUUAGCCUGUGAUGUGAAAGAAAUUUUACUUCAGGUCAGUCUUUACUUGGAUGAAUAAAAGAAUAACUCGA